GCCCCAUUGCUCGCCCACGGCCAUUGCUUUCCUUCCUUCUUCCCCACUCCAGGAGAAAAAGUCGGUUUCGUUAGUUUUCCCCUGUUAUCUGUAUUUAAGCAAGUGUUCCCCUUUUUAUCUUUUUGCUCUCUUCUCCAAGUAAACCCGAUCUUAACCUUUCGUCUCUGCUAACAACACCUGGAAUUCUUUCCAUCUUCUCUGUUUCUUCUAUUCUGCUCUGUCCUUCAGAGAUGUAUAAUUAGAUUGUUUGUUUGUAUCCUUUUUUUUUUCCUAAUUUUUUUCUGGGUUCGUUCAACUUGUUUUCGUUAGAUUCUCUCUGGGUACAUAUUCUCUGUUUUUCUUUUUUGCUUAGUACUCGAUAUUGGUUCAUAUUCUGAUCCAAAAGUAGAAACUUUGAUUCUGGGUUUCUUUAAAUUAUUGCCACUAUGGCUUUUAACCAAAACGAAUACAACGACAACAAUGACAACUUCCUUUCUUUCGAAACACGAGACUCUGAGAAGACUCACACGGCAUCUUCAAAUUCGACUACGUUAGACACGGUAAAUGAUCAAGAAUCCGUUCUUACCGAUUGCGAAAGCGGCGUUUCUGGCCCCAGUUUUGAUCAAUCUCCCCUGUUUAACAAUGGGUUGGUUCGGUUAUUCCCGGGGGACAAGGCGCAUGACGUGAUCAUGAAAAGGUUUCUUUCCAAUCUGGGUGCUCUGGCAGCUCAUACUAAGGACUUGACAAUCCAUAAAAAUAGUUUUCUUGGUGUUACUUGGCAAGCAAGGCUUCAAUCUUUCCAGAUUUUCAUCAAAGCAAUGGAGAAAAAAUGUGGGGGCGACGCCAACAUUAAGUAUGCAUGGUGCUCUGCUUCUAGAGAUGAGAUUUGUAAGAUUGUUGACCAUGGUUUUGGUCAUUUCGGGUUGCCUGAAAACAGUGGAUUGUAUGGUUGCGGCCUCUAUCUUUCCCCUGAUGAUUCUCCCAUGGAAAGUGUGAAGAAUGCAAUGGUUGAUAAAAAUGGGAUGCGGCAUUUAAUGCUUUGCCGUGUGAUAUUGGGGAAGGCAGAGGCGGUGCAGCCUGGUUCUAGGCAAUGUCAUCCAAGUUCAGAUGAGUUUGAUUCUGGCGUUGACAAUCUGUCGUCGCCGAAAAAGUAUAUUUUGUGGAGUACACACAUGAAUACUCACAUCUUGCCAGAGUUCAUCUUGAGUUUCAGAGCUCCAUCGUCCUUGAAAGGUUUCCUUGGGAUGCAAGAUAGGUUGAAGAUACCAACUUCGCCUUGGAUAUCAUUUCCAGCUCUCAUAUCUGCACUUUCGGAAUUCUUACCUCCUCCUUCCAUCAAUUUGAUCUCCAAAUAUCACAAAGAUCUCAGGGAUAAGAAAAUAUCAAGGCAUGAACUGAUACAAUUUGUAAGACAAAUAGCAGGAGACAAGUUGUUGGUUGCUGUCAUCAAAUCCUCCAGGACCAAGCAGCCUAUUGCAUUUAGCAGCAUUCAACGAACAACUGAGCAUGGAUCCAGGAGCAGGUUUCGACAUCCUUAGAAGGCUGGCUAUCUAGGUUGACUCAAUGUUUUAAGUGGAUGGGAAUUUUCUGUAUAUAAAUAGAAGUAGCAAUCACUGAGUGGGGAUGAGAAGGCAGAUCACACAGACCAGGCAGAUUGUGAAAGCUUGAGGUGGAACUAAGAUUCUGUUUUGUCAAAAACCAGUUGUGGAAUGUUUGGUGUUUUUGCUUUACAAAGCUGUCACGUCUUCCUUUCAAAUUACGCUAUAAGUGAAAAUGAACUCGGUUCCCUGUUUUUGGUUGAUUGAGGAAGUAAACACUAUGGUUGCAUUGACUUAAAAAUUGUAGAAUGUCCAAAGACAGCUCAAAGAUCAGGUUUUUGUAGUCAGCUUAACAGUACAAACUUCAUUUACAUUCUUCAAAUCUUGCUAUUAGACAGAUUUACUAA